UUCCCUUAUUACAACUAGUUAGGUAUGUAGCUAAACCCCUGGACCGAGGAUUCAUCAAAGUGCAAUCCAGCCCGAUUCAAUCCAAUCCCAAUCACCCAAAUCAUCCACAGACCACCAAAAGUCAAGACUUCAUAGAUCCACUCAACGCAUGCAAGCCUCCUAAAGGUCCUCCUUUUUUGUGCGUGUUUCAUGUGUCUGGUUACCGCAUAAUUCUUUCCUAACUCUCUCCUUCUCUUCUACCCUUCUACCAACCGGGAUUUGCUUGGUUAGGCCAUGUCUCCUUCAGGAGCUUCAUCGUCAAAUCUAAGCUAUCCGGAGCAGAUAAUAUCGCUCCUCAGCACCGUGGCCGCUUACAUGCGUUUGCCAGCUUUGGCUUCCACGGGUGUUGCCGCCGUCUUGACCACCCUAUUGUAUUUCAAGCAAAAGUGAGCAACGUCAUACACCCCUUCCGUCCACCCUCCGGUACAACCUAUCGUCUGAUGUAGCGGACUAACCAUCCUAACCCCAUGCUGCAGGGCCUUGAUCUACCCAUCUCACAUGCCCCCGAAUGCUCGAACCAAUGUUCCUCGACCUUCGCAAUUUGGCAUCAAAGACUUCGAAGAGCUAGUUAUACCUACCAAUGAUGGCGAGAAGCUAUCGGCAUUCUACAUCCGGGGUCCCAGGGGUGGUCGGAACUCGAAUUGUACUAUUUUGAUGUUCCAUGGAAAUGCCGGCAACAUUGGUCAUCGACUGCCAAUAGCUCGCAUGCUUAUCAAUUAUAUCGGCUGCAACGUCUUCAUGCUCGAGUACCGGGGCUAUGGCCUAUCAACCGGCGAACCGGACGAGAAAGGUCUUAUGCGCGAUGCGCAGACCGCACUCGAAUACUUACGAAAUCGAGCGGAAACGAGUAGUCACAAGCUUGUAGUCUACGGACAGAGUCUAGGAGGGGCCGUCAGCAUUAAGCUGGUAUCUAAGAAUCAGCAUAGGGGGGAUAUCGUUGGCUUGAUCCUCGAAAACACAUUUCUCUCCAUGCGGUCCCUAAUCCCGUCCGUCAUUCCACCGGCCAAGUAUUUGACUAUGCUAUGUCACCAAGUUUGGCCAAGCGAGUCGAUACUACCAUCCAUUACCGAGGUUCCAAUAUUAUUCCUAAGCGGCCUUCAAGACGAGAUUGUCCCGCCCGCUCACAUGAGAAAACUAUACGAAUUAGCUACUACACCUACCAAAAUUUGGAAGCCCCUACCUGGUGGUGAUCACAACUCGAGCGUAUUGGAAGAGGGAUAUUUUGAGGCGAUAUCCGACUUUGUGUCCAACAUUGCCGGAGAUGAGAAGUCAUGACUCUCUUGAUGACAGUAGACACGUCUAUAAUACGGCGGCCGGCUAAGAAUGAAUGCGCCGCGCCUAUUGGGUCUUGGACCCUUUUUACCUGAGAUACCCCCUAC